AUGAGAGAGUCAUUGAAAGAAGAUCCUAGAGACAAUGCAAAGUUUAGAAGAAGUGCUGAUGCAGCUAAAGAGUCGAUUCGUGAUUAUUUGAGUAAUUGGAGAGGACAAAAGAGUAUAGCUGGAGAAGAAUCAUACGCGGAGCUGGAGAAAGUAAUCCGAGCUUUGGCGAAAUUUUACUCAAAGGCUGGUCCAUCUGCACCUCUUCCGGAUGAGGUCAAGACUGAGAUUUUGGAUGAUCUUAACAAGGCUGAAGAGUUUCUGUGA